UGCGCCCAUUUUCAGAAACCAGGGCCGGUGCACUGAUCGAUCGCCUGAAUUUUUUGCACCUUGCUUCCAAUCACCAGUUCACGACGCCGUUCGACGAACAAACAAAGGCGUUGCAACUGAAGGCGCUGGCCUGGCCCUGGUCUACUUAACCUUUAGCGCCCUUCAGUUGUCGCCACGGGAACCGAAUCCGAGGUUCCGAACAGCACAGGUCCACUGGCCAUGGCCUCGCCACCCCAGGGGGAACGCGCGAGCAAGGUCCGCCGCGGCGGCGUCGAGCCGCACGUGCUCCUCGUGCCGUACCCGGCGCAAGGCCACCUGCUCCCGCUCCUCGACCUCGCGGCGCUGCUCGCCGCGCGCGGGCUCGCGGUCACCGUCGCCGUCACACCCGGCAACGCCCCGCUCCUCGCCCCGCUGGUCGCCGCGUGCCCGUCCGUGGGCGUCGCCGCGCUGCCGUUCCCGUCCGCGCCGCGCCUGCUCCCGCCGGGGAGCGGCGAGAACACCAAGGACCUCCCGCGCCACCUCUUCCGGCCGUUCAUGGUCUGCCUCGCCGCGCUCCGCGCGCCGCUACUCGAUUGGUGCAAAGCCCAGCAGCAGCGGGGCCGGCGCGUCACGGCCAUCGUCUCCGACUUCUUCACGGGGUGGACGCAGCCGCUCGCCGCGGAGCUCGGGGUGCCGCACGUGACGUUCUCGCCUUCCUGCGCGCUCCACCUCGCCAUGUCGCACGCCCUCUGGCGCCACCUGCCGCGCAGGCGCCGCCCCGACGACGCCGAGGAGGCCGUCACGUUCCCGGAGAUCCCCGGCUCGCCUAGCUUCCCGUGGCGCCAGCUGUCGGGGCUGUUCCGGCAGUACGUGGCCGGCGACGAGGUUUCCGAGGCGAUCCGCCGGUUCUUCCUGUGGAACCUGGACAGCGCGUGCUUCGUCACCAACUCGUUCGCGGCGCUCGAGGCGCCCUACGUGGGGCGUCCGCUCCCCGACCUGGCGUCGAAGCGGGUGUUCACCGUGGGCCCGCUGUCCGACGCCGUGGCCACCUCCAGCGACCGCGGCGGGAAGCCCGCGGUGGCGCCGGCGAGCGUGGCGGCGUGGCUGGACGCCUUCCCCGACGGCUCCGUCGUGUACGUCAGCUUCGGGACGCAGCACGCGCUCUCCCCGCCGAAGGCGGCCUCCGUGGCGGACGCGCUGGCGCGGAGCUCGGCGGCGUUCGUGUGGGCUGUGCGCCCGGGCACCGCGGUCCCGGACGGGUUCGAGGCGGCGACGGCGUCGCGCGGCAUGGUGGUCCGCGGGUGGGCGCCGCAGGUGGAGAUCCUGCGCCACCGCGCCGUGGGGUGGUUCCUGACGCACUGCGGCUGGAACUCGGUGCUGGAGGCCGCGGCGGCCGGCGUGGCGAUGCUGACGUGGCCGAUGGGCGCCGACCAGUUCACGGACGCGCGGCUGCUCGCGGAGGCCGGCGUGGCCGUGCCCGUGGCGGAGAGCGCCGACGCUGUGCCGGACGCCGCGCGGAUGGCGAGCGCGAUCGCCGCGGCGGUCGGGAAGGAGGGUGAGUCCGUGAGGGAGCGCGCGGCUGAGCUCGGCAAGAAGGCGGCCGCCGCGGUGGCGGAGGGCGGGAGCUCGCGCAGGGACCUGGAGGAGCUGGUGGAAAUGCUCGCUAGCGUCGUCUAGGGUGCGGCGUAUCCGAAGAGUCUAUGAACUCUUCCAUUAAGCUAGUGAUUUUAGUCUUAGAGAACAGAACACCAUGUUUUCGUGACGACACAGAAUGCAGGCUUACUAGUAAGCGUCGAGGAGCAGCUGUAGAUCAAAAGAGUACGCCCUGGUUAUCGAUGCUCGCAGUCGCAGGCUCGCAGCAAUGGUGAGGUGCGGGGAAGAAUUGGUCUGUUGAUGGGAGAUCAGUUGCCAUUGCUGAAGUGUUACCGUACUACUACCAGGGAAAUAGGAAUCGCGGCGAGGAUAUGGUGGAACUGGAGUUGGAUGUUCAGGGGACGGCCGAUCACCGCCCCUACCGACGCCGGCGACUCGCGCACGGUUCUGUUUGGUAUCAAAAUUACAGUUCAACUUCUUCUCCACGCAGGGAGAGCCA